AUGUUCACAUCCCGUCACCCUGAAGACCGAUUUCGUCUGCGUAUGCACCGGGCCCGGUCUGUGGACUUGACAAAUGAAGAACUCGUCGAAGUCCGAGCCGCACAACGAACCUUUGAAGGCGCCUACAUCCGGACUUCCCUAUCACAGUUCUCCUUCGCUCUCGUGGUUCUUAAAAUCUUCACGUCCGAAUUCUACUCCAUCGGCGCGUUAUUUGCCGUAUACGGUGCCGGCGUUCUGCUUGUGAGCGCCUACAGGCGGCAGCAGGGGAAUAAGCAAUUCUUCAAUGAGGUGGGGGACGACGGCCUAGGGAGGAAGAGAUUCAGAACUAGUGGGAAUGUGGUGGUUGUACUGACGGCAUUGAGUAUCGCUGCAUAUGUUAGCUUAUUGGUUUUAACCUUGAGAUUGGAGGCUUGA